AUGUCUUGGUUGCUGCAAAACGUCCGAGAUUGGGAUUACUUCAUCAACCUGAAUGAUUCAGACUACCCUAUAGCACAGCUGACGUCACUGCGCCGCUUUCUGUGGCUGAACAAUGGGGGCAACUUCAUCAAUGUUGGAUCCGCGUACAAGGAUUGCGACUGCGGCCGCUAUUUGGUCUUUGAAUGCGGGGAUGAGUUGUACUCCAUCGCGCCUGGGACGCAAUAUCCUCGCCGUCCUCAACUACAACAUGCAUCGGGGCCCAACUUGGUGGCCAUCACCCGAGACUUCGCGGACUACAUCGAUGGCAACCGAAAUGUGAGCGGCACUCCAGUGCAACAAGUCCUGGCAGACCUCGGUAUUCUGCAGCAGCCAGAUGAGAAGUUCUUUCAGACAAUGUCACUCAACAGCCCAUACUGUCCUUGGCACGUGCGCUGGGGCUUCCACAUUUGGGAUCGGCCCGGGCUGGCUCCAGACGCUGCCUCACCGGAAGUUGCAGGGCCAGAACUCAAGAUGCUGACGCCACCUUUGCUCUCCAGUGGCUUUUGGGAGCGCCUGGCCGGAGUGAAACGACAAGUGAUGGCAGUCUUCUUUGCCCGGAAGUUUGACAAUAACCGCACAGAGGCGUUGCAGGAUCAGAUAGAUGAAGCGCUGGAAGGCCGCACUGCGGCCUUUGGCAUCGCCGGCAGCUGGACCUCCUGGCAUUCCGAGUUCCUGGGGUUUCGAUGGCUCCAGGCCAUGCUGCUGGCGCUGGCUGGAGUUUCCGAAGGCGCGUCCCAUCUCAUCGCGGCUGAGGUGUGGAGAGCGGGCCUCGACGCGACCUUUUUUGACGUCCAGCGCUACCGCGGACGCAUCCAGCUGCCUUGUGCUGGCCUCGCCAUCACUGCGAGGAGCUGCAAGCUCUCUGGACGUGUCGCUCUCGAAGAGCUUGCAGCACGGCCGGCACCAGCAGCUGAGUCCGGGCCGAGCCUUCUGGGAGCCCUGCGGGUUGGCGUCGGCUGGGAUGUGGCCAGCUUCGCGUUUGAUGCCGUCUCAGCGCCCAGCUCAGCCACAUGGCCAGCCUUCGCAGCCUUCGAGAUCUACAUGAAAGCCAGUGAGUGUAGGAACGAGGCUUCUCAGUCACGCGUGAGCGAGGGCCAGAGUCACGCGUGA